UAAUAAAUAAAUAAAGACCUGUAUGCUUUACGCUAUCCUCAAUUGUUGCUGCUACGUCUUUGAGUUGGGUUUGGAUAAUCUCUCCCCAAUAAUUUGCUUUUUGGGUUUGUACACCACAAUUCCACUCGUUCUUAUCUUUGAAAUUCAUGUUGGUUGUCUUUAACCGAGUUUGGCAAAGAGUGGGCUUUUCUGGGUAUGGAUUGUUUGUGAUGGAAGUGGAGUGUGAAAAAGAGGGAUCGGGAGGUGGGUAUUUAUUAGUUUGAUAUUUUUUGCAGAGAUAGAUGGAUUUGCAAAGUAAUCUUCAGCCCGAAUCGGGAAAACUGGAACAAAUUGUUUCGCAGUUUUUGUUGAAGAGCUUACAUAUCAUUCUAGACUCGAGGGUUCCUUCUCUUCGUCCACAUGAUCGUAGUGGUGAUCUGUCGUUGGGUUCUCAGGUCAGAAAGAGUGACAAAUGGUUCAACUUAGUACUAGGUGACCGUCCUGUGGCUCUGGAUAACUUGAAUUUCUGGCAUAGGAAUGUGAUGGAUCCAAUGAUAAUUGAUGUGAUUCUUGUUCACCAGGGGUCUAAUUCCCCAUCUUUGGCAGUAGGGGGAUCCGUUGAGACAGUUAUAGAGAGGUGGGUUGUUCAGUAUGAAUAUCCACGAGUUGUAGCUGCUCAAACUGGUGAAAGUUCUGCUAUUUACAAGAAAGCAUAUAAGAAGUCGAUAAUUCUUUUACGGGCUCUUUAUUCACAAAUGAGGCUACUCCCAGCAUAUAGGAUCUUUCGGCAGCUAAGUACAUCAAGUCGGACUUAUAAUUUUGAUAUCAUUUACAAGGUGUCUUCAUUUAGUGAUCCAUUCUCAAGGGCGGAGGAAGGAAUGAUGGAGGAACACAGUUUCCCUGCUGUAGAGGCCUACCCUGGCCGCCUUUGCAUAUCUGUGACAUACCGCACAACGCUAUCUGAUUUCAACCUUGAGCCCUCAACCUCAAUGACACCAAAGAUUAUUACAGAUUAUGUUGGUAGCCCCAACACUGACCCUUUAAGGUCGUUUCCCUCCUCAGGGAAGGGUGUUAGUGCUACCUCCUUUCCGUUGAGAGGAGUACAAGCUCCAGCUCCUGUGCCAUUACAACGUCCACACAGCUGGACAAGUGGCUUCCACAGAGCAGCUUUUUCUGCACAGAAUCAACCCUUUGUUGGAUCUCCACCUGCAUAUUACCCAUCUCCCAUGCCAUAUGAUUAUCCUUCUCCACCUGCAUAUUAUCCAUCUUCCAUGCCAUAUGAUUAUCCUACUCCACCUACUGAUAUUCAUGGCAAUAGAGUUCAACAUUAUAGAGUGCCAACCCAUCAAAAGGCUAUCAGUAAUGAUGAUCAUCAACUUUCACCUCCAUUCUCGCCAUCUCCAUCCCCGUCUUCCCCAUCAUACAUUUCUAAUGCUUAUCCUAUGCAGACGCGUGUACGCUCAGAAACUGCCCCUGUAAGUAUACCACUUCCAAUGACGAGCAGAAGUUUUAGAUACCUUUCUCCCAAUUCUUCUGAUCCAAAUAGAAGUUCUCUUCCACCUUUAUCUCCCAGAAGCAGAAAGACUGAUCCUUCAUCACAGGAGUCUCCAUCUGGAAUCACAUACUUUAGGAAAAUAGAGUCUUUAAGGUCUGCCGAGAUGCAGCCUGUGACAGCAAAUCAUUAUACUGGUCAGAAGGUGACCAGAGAUAGCAAAGAUGAUUCAGGGCGGUUCUCAGGAUUGUUAUCUUCCAGUGGUUCACCACGUAUUGGAUUUUCUAGAAGCUCCAGCAGAUUAUCUUUCCAGGAUGAAUUGGAUGAUAUUGACUUUUCAUAUCCCUUUGAUGUUGAUGAUGUUGAUACAGCGGAUUUUCAUGCCAGUCAGAAUCUCGAGGGGAAAAAAGCUUCUGAGUUUACUUCACAGUCAUUGCCAAUUGGUAGAAAAUCACAAGAUGCUGCUGUUGGUGAACUUGUUCGCAUGCUGAGGACAGCACCUCCUCUGCGCCAAGAUCCAAGUUGUUACUCAUCCCACUCAAUGAAGACUGAGCUUGAAGGAGGAGUUGCUACAGCUUCUGGAUUCUUUAUGCCUCGGAAGGCAGUUGAUGCACUUGAAGAGCUCAGGAGUUACGGAGACAUGAAAGACCUUCUACUCUCUAAGAGUGGGAGGGUGAUUAGCAAAGAAGAAGCUUGAGCCAGUUGUUGCUUUGAUGGUUUCAUCUUUGUUUAUAGAAAGAAGAUGGAGUUGCUGCCAUUGAAUACGAACAGAAGCACCGUCACAAUUCAUGGUUCUUCUGUUUCUACAGAAUGGAAACUUCAGGAUUAACAGAUUAUGUAAAUAUCAUAAAUGAAAAUUGUAACUGGAUUUUCAUGACAAUUACUAUGCUAAAAUGUUUCAUGACCAUUAAUAUAUUAAUGCGUAUAGAUAAAAUUUCCUGAGCUGGUUA